CACGUCGAGCAAGCAAGGCAUGAGAGCUAUUGAAACGUUCAUUGUCGCUAGCCUUUUGGCUAGCAAAGUCACUGCUAAUACAGAUGGAGAUGCAAACAACGAAAUGUGCGUUGGAGAGAAAGGCGACAAGGGGGAGACUGGUCAUCCGGGAUCUACUGGAUUGAGAGGAUACAAAGGAGAGAAAGGUGAAACUGGUUCUUCUGGUAACAAUGGAGUUAAAGGUGAUGCUGGCGUGAGAGGUCCUCCUGGAGUGCGUGGUCCUGUUGGCCGACCUGGGGUGAUGGGUCCGACUGGUAAUGGUAAGACUGGAGCUCAAGGUCCGCAAGGAAACUCAGGAAGGCAGGGUCCCGUUGGUCCACAAGGUUUGCCAGGAGUAAAAGGAAUAAGAGGGGAUAAGGGAAACAAGGGCAGUUUGGGUGGACAAGGAGUAGCUGGAGCUGACGGAACACCAGGCCCACCUGGGCACAGGGGGCAAACAGGAGUGACAGGAUUAAAAGGAGAAAAGGGUAUUAGAGGAGAACCAGGACACAAAGGAGAGCAAGGGAAGCAAGGAGUACCCGGACCAGCAAUUGAUUCCGAUACUUUGAAAAAUUAUUUUGAACCAGUCAAGAAGAUGAGACAAGAAUUGGAAGGCUUGAAACAAGAAAUCCUGGCUCGCAACGUUACGCCUGCUGCUCACUUGUACGGUGUUGGCAGCUCGGGCAGCAAGAUCUACAGCUCUGGAAUUGUAACUCAAUGGUUUGAGAGAAGUGGUUCCGUCUGGUCUCCUCUUCUUCAUGGUGGCAUGCAGUACAGCAACGGUUCUAUCACUGUUCCCAACGAUGGACUCUACUACGUUUACGCACAAAUGUACUAUCGCCACUCAGGCUCAAGUUACCUCAAUGCUGGCUUUCGCAUGAGAGUGAAUGGGGCCGGUCGUGCCUUUGCUUAUCGGUUUACUAAUGAUGCCAAUGAUCUUCACACUCAUUACUUGGGACGCAUCAUUCAUCUGAACAAGGGAGACAAACUGUCCUUAACAUUCGAAUACAACAGUUACUACCGUUUUUCUAACGAGCGUGCAUUUUUUGGUGCGUUUCUAGUGAACUGAUUACAAGAGGAGAAACACUGCAUGUGUUAGAGAUGGAAAUGAAAUUGUCUGCAUUUUGUCACAAAUUCAAUA